GAAAGAGGGACAUCACUAUUUGCGUCAGUUAACUGUCCACACCGCUGCGUUUUAAUCAUUUUGGAUGAAAAUCCAUUUUUGAGGCAAAACAAGAAGAUAAUGUAUUGCACUUGUGUUUACUUAUAGACCGAUCUGGACUUUGUCUAUUAUGGGUGAAAAGACAAUCAUGAAAACAGCAAACAGGUCCUUGCUUUACUGUAAUGGAUCACACAUUGCACCUUGAACACACCUUGAGUGUUGAACUUUUGUAAGCUGCUGUUUGUGGAGAUCAAAAUUUUUUUCUAUCUCUGGACUUUAACUAGUAGUCCAACAUGGCUCUUAUGAAGGUGAAGUUUGAUCUGAAGAAGCGGGUGAAGCUGGCCCAGAUGCUAUGGCUCAUGUACUGGUUUUCCGUAAUGGCCAGUGUGCUAGUCUUCAGCAUGGGCCUUUUCUUUAAAAUUGAACUGCGCAAGAGAAGUGAACUUAUGGACAACAAUGAGAGUCAUUUUGUACCCAACCUGCUAAUUGGUGUGGGUUUUUUGGCAUGCUGUAUCAAUGCCUUUGGGGGCAAGAUCUGCUAUGAUUCACUCGAUUCUACCAAGUUUGCAAAAUGGAAGACUAUUCUGAAGCCCUUCCUCAUUUGCUGUUUGUUCUUCAACGUUCUCCUUGUUCUCACAGCGGUUCUGUGUUUUGCCAUGCGUAUUCCUCUAGAGUUUACAUUAGCUGAGGGCCUGAAAAAUGGAAUGAAGUACUACAAGGACACAGAUACACCUGGUCGCUGCUACAUGAAGAGAACUCUGGAUCUUAUGCAGAUAGAGUUCCGUUGCUGCGGCAACAACAACUACAAAGAUUGGUUUGUGAUCCAGUGGAUUAGCAACCGUUACCUGGACUUCAGCUCCAAGGAAGUCAAAGAUCGAAUCAACAGCAAUGUGGAUGGCAAAUACCUUAUGGAUGGAGUACCUUUCAGUUGCUGCAACCCUAGCUCACCAAGACCCUGCAUCCAACAGCAAAUAACCAACAACUCGGCUCACUACAGCUAUGACCAUCACACAGAAGAUCUCAACAUCUGGAAACGUGGUUGCAGAGAUGCUCUCGUAUCGUACUAUGGUGGAAUGAUGAACACCAUUGGGAUACUUGUGCUGCUGGUCACCCUCUUGGAAAUUGCUGUAAUGAUUGGACUACAGUACGUAAACACCUCUCUGUCCACGCUGGUGAACCCAGAAGACCUUGAGAGCGAGAGUGAGGGCUGGAUCCUGGAGAAAACUGUCAAAGAGACCUUCACUGACAUCAUGGCUAAGAUGAAGGCCAUGGGCAAAGGCACUCAAGUGGAAGGGGGAGCACAGGAAGAGGCUGUUGCCACUGUGAGCUGAGCGAGCAUAGCUCACCAGAACUUUGGCCACACCUACCUGAGGUAGAGAGCUGUGGGACACAGCCUCAAUAUAAAACUAUAACUAUAUCACUAACACUACACAAAGUGAAGAUGAAGCCAAUUACUGAAAACCAGGUGAUAAAAACAAACAACCAAAAUACAAACCCUUGUCAGUUAGUAGUAUUCUGUUUAUAAAGCCUGUAUAUUUCAGUUGGAAUGUGAGAAACACAGUAUUAUAUUUAAAUCCCCAGGAAACACAUUUUUGUUUUACAAGCUUUGCACCACUAUUUGACUUUGUACUUAACUGCACAACACCCAAACAUUUUUAUAGUCAAAUGUAUGUUUACCAUUUGACUUCAGUUCACGUUGUUUUAUUUCAUGUUUAAGUUGAUAUUCAACUUGAUGCUGGCUAUUCUGGGAUUUGGCAUUGUAUGAGAAGUAAAAGUUGAAACUUGCUGUGUGAUGUCCUUCCAUGGCAACCAUUUCUAGCAACCAACAAUGCUACAACUCACUACAGUCAGGGCAUUUAUUUAUUAGGACAUCCUUUAACAACACACUUUAAUUGUCAUGUGACAAUUAUGUCAAAUGACAAGAAAGCACUACUAUUUAAAUUCUAUGAGAAGCUAGACAGGUUUCAUUUCACCUCUGUGGACUUAUGAAAUGUGUACAGAUGAGAAUGUACAUACUUUUUUGACAGCGAUGGAUGGAGGGACAGCAAGCAGAUGUUUUUAUGGUUUUAUUUGAAAAUUAAGUAAUGCUUUAUAAAAAAUGUAUAGUAUUCUGAAGUACCUGCUGAAAGAGCUGUAAUACAGUUCCACAUGAGUAUGACCAGACUUUGAUUUGGAAAAGGGGUAUUACUGUAAAGUAUAUUUUUGUGGCAUGCUUAAUGAGUACUUUGUUAGAUUAUCUGCCCUUGAAGAUAAAUCAUUUUAUCAGAUCUGAAAGGGAAGGCUGAUUUUGCAGGUUUAUGAGACCAGGAGGGAACAUUUCAGGCCCCAAUAAGUGCUAGUAUGAGUGAUAAGCAGGUUCAGGGUGAGGGGAUGCCUGAGAAGGCCCUUGGAACUGAAGAGAAAGCUUAAGACUGGCAGCUAAACCCUGACCUGUGACUUCUGCAUUCCCACUUUUGGGAUCUGGUGCGCUUUUAUAUCGACACAAUACACAUAAUAUCCCAGGCCAGAGACUGAAACUCACUUGAUACUCAAACUUGUAAUUAUUUGUAAUUAUCCAAAAAAAACUAUCCUAAUUACAUGUUAAUGUAAAUAGUGUAGAAUUAUAAAAAAUUAUAUUUUUCUUUUUGUAAUUUUUUUUUAAAUUAUUUUGCUUGUGAGAAAAGUUGACUUUACAAUAGAACAGGGUUUGGUGCUUAGUGAUUGUUACUGUGAAUAAAGCAAUUUAAUUGUAAAAAAAUAAUAAAAAUAAAAAUAAAAUGUGCUUUGUCCAAUCAUUUGCUGAGAUCAAAGAGCAGGGCACUCUGGGAGCUCUGUGGGAGGUUUGCCUUAUCCAAUGGCAUCAGCCGAGAAUUAUCUUUAUUAUUGCAUUCACAUGGUGUUCGUUCAG